AACCACGAGCAUUUACUGCGCCGAACUGGAGCGCGUUAGACUGGCUGUCACUUGAGUGCUGAGAUUUGCUAUUAAAGACGUUUAUUCUAUCUACUUUUUGCUGAUCUUACGGACAAUUAUCCACCUUGCAAAGAAAUGAUAAUAUAAUUAUGAAAAUCUUUACUUAUUGAUAACUUGUGAGAAACAUGGCAAGGAAUAUGGUGCAGCUGUCGUUGUUGUGUUUUAUGAUGGUGGUGUGGGUCUCGUCCCCAGGAGACGCAUCAGUGUCGGUUUCUGACCAAGCAAAACUGGCUGUGUCAUUUGAUUUUUCUAUGGACAGCGUGCAGGAUGUCAGCUCAAUCUUUAAGGACGCCCUAAAAAUUCUUAAAAAUCAGGACAAAUCAGAAAAGGUCGAAAAAUUCACAAAAAGCGCCAGACUUUUUACAAAGUUCCUGGGCACCGCUGUAUCUGCUGAUGCGUCAGUAGUUAGCUUUGUGUCAACAUUCAAUAUGCCAAGCCAGUUGGAAGUUAUACAAAAGCAGUGUAACAAAGUGCAAGAAGUGCUAGCUACCAUGGACUUAGAUCUAAACAGUAUAAGGGAUGAACUAAACACAUCGACUGAGUUUAAGGAUUGGAUAACUGCUUACAUAGACUUGGAACUUGAUAUAAGAAAUGGAGAGAAUAAACUGACAGAAACCAAGUCACGUCUGACUAACCUGGAUGACGAAGCCGAAAAGUUAAGUGUUAUGGAGAGUUUUAUUAACUUCUUUGAAAAUCAAGAUAUAGAAGAAAAGGCGAAGAAAAUAUACCAACUUACCGGAAUUCAAGGCACAGUAACAAAAAAAUCUGUUCAGUUUGUACAUGCAGGAGAAAAGUUGUGAUGUGUUUGAGCUGUCUCAGUUGAUGUUCGUCAUUGGAGACUUAAUGACAAGUGCUGCCAAACAGACCAUGGCAUAUCAGUUUCUCAAAUAUCAAAAUAUUAAUUAUGUUCGGGAAAAGAUGAUUAUCUUCUCUGACUAUCUGCAAGAUAUCCGUUACCAGUUUGAUAUACACGUGUGGGACUGCUAUUCAAAGUUUGUCGUAUAUGCUGAGCAAGAGGUAAAAAAAAUAGUACAGGAGAAUGAUAUUCAGUCAAGUGAGGCACUAAGAAGUAGUGUACAAGAAAGGCUGUCUGACUUUAUGCCUUGGUAUGAGUGGAGAGUUGCUAUAUACACUGAGGAUGUCCCGAAAAUUAUUCAUACUUUAUGUGGUGAUAUUCCCCUUAAUUUGUUCAUGUUGAAACAACAGUUCAUGAUAAUUGAAAAUCUUGGAAGUAAUGAUACCAGGAAAAUAUCUGUGGUAUGGAAAGACAAUAAAGUCAGAAGUCCAGGUUGUCAGAUCGCUUCUGGAUUUAACAGGACACAUGAUCCAUGUAAAUUUUGCAACGUGUGUAGCAACCAUGGUAUCUGCCAUCAUAUUCCAUACACCAACGAUCACUUGUGUAUAUGUGACCAAUAUUACGAGGGAGACAAUUGCGAGAUCUACAACAAUCCGGCAAUAAUUCACAUUAUCACUGACAUAGUGGCUGACAUGAGAAUAAACUUCGCCAGCAUCACGGGAGUACCCACUGUUGUUGACGUCUAUGCACAUAUUGUGGAAAUUAAACUGUUGCACGAGUUAAUACUGAACGCCAAUGUGUUGACACAAGCUCUAAUUCAAUACGAAGAAGUCUUUAGGGAAGCAGAAUACAUAACUUAUGAAUACAACAAACUGAAGACUUUCACACUGAGUAAAGAGAUGUUCUUAAAGAAAAUUAUGAAUAUAGAUUUCCAUCGAAUUCUCAGUGGUCUUGAAAGAGCAAUUCUUGGUAAAGGAAUUUUCAUCUCGCAUGACAUUUUAUCUGUAUUUAAAAAGAAAAUUAUAUCUGAGUUAAAUCCAAGAUUUGCCUGUACACAAAAUUACUCUGUUGCAGUGUUAACCAUGGUAAAUAAUUUGCUGAUCAUCGACGAAGUGGUAACAGAGACAAGUAUUUUGGUAAUGAAUUGGCAAGUUCAGCAUUUGGGAGCUCCAGAAGAUGUCCUAGAUGUUAUACAUAAGACACAGAAACUGGCUGAGCAUCGUCGGGAAAAGUAUUUCGCUCACUGGGAAGCAACAUCGUGCACAGAGUUGACUGAUGACGACCUCCAGGAAAAAUACUGCGGCAAUAUUCACAGUUAUUCGGGACUUCAAGUGUUCCUAAACUGUGAGAACAAUAAACAACCGUCUACCUCCUCUGUCACCUGUACAAGAGUAGGCAAUACUUUACAGUGGACGGAGACUCCUAAUUGUCAGUACGUGUGGAGCAGCUGGAGCUCAUGGGGAAGCUGCACUGUGAUAAAGGCGUUAGAUCCCGAACUCGCAGUAAUCUCAUUGGAGAUAUUGAUACUUCGUUAAAAGACUGCAAUAAAGAAGACUGCUGUCAAGAAAAGUUUGGGAAUUUCAAGUGCAGUAACGACCAGUGCGUGAAGCUGAGCCUGAAGUGUGAUGGAAACAAAGACUGCAGUGACGGUAGCGACGAGUCGAGUACACUUUGCCCUUACCUACGCUCAGGAGACACUAUCGCUCUCAAGUCAUUAUGUGGAAGCUUCUUAAGUGGCUACCAUACCUUCGAUUAUAACCCAAAAAGAAACGCGCAUGUGAGUGCUUGCCCCGGGGAGCGAAUGCUCGAUGAAGGCUGGAGUAGAUGUUGGGGUGAAAGAUUUCCUCUCUGGGCGAUAAAGCGAAAUAAGGGUGAUGCUGUAAGGUAUGGAGACAAGGUGGCCAUCAGGUAUAAUAGUUCUAAUAGUGACUCAGGCUGGUGGUUCAGCUGUCCAACUGCAAGUGAAUCCUGUACUACCCAACCCUGUCCAGGUGAGAGCUUCACGAGAGAUGAAGAAUCACGCUGUGUAAAUGAAAUCUUCAGGAUUUAUGCCCUAGGUAAGGAAGGUUCAUGUUCCACUGAUACUGCGAUCGAAUGUUCGGGAAUGCCACUGUACCCAGGGGACACUGUAUUCUUACUUUCACGUCAUUCGAAGCACUGGAUGUCAGCGCAAGAAGAUGGGGCGGAUGUCUACACCAGGACCUGUCCGGAUCAACACUUGCAGGAAGAAGAUGCAGUGAACUGCAAAUGCGAGGAAUGGCUUUUGUUUAGGAAGUAAUCUGAAUUUUACUUUCUUUGUUUACACUUCAUACUACUAGACUGACCUUAAUUAAUGGUAGAUUUUUCAUGGGUGAAGACUGUUCAUUGUGGUAGACAGAUUAUUGGGGUAGACUGUCAAAGGUGGUAGACAGUCCAGAGUGAUAAACUGUCCCUUGUGGUAGAUUAUCAAUGGUGGUAGAUUAUCAAUGGUGGUAGAUUAUAUGAGAUUGGUUAUUUAUAGAGGUAAAAUAUCCACGACGGUUGAUCAUUCAUGGUUAUAGAACGUCCAUUACAAUAUAUGAGCCAUUUUGGCGGAUUAUCCAUGAUGGAUUAUCCUUAGUAUAUGAUUAUCUAUAGUACUAGAGUAUCCAGUGUCAUUUCAUCCUUGGUGGUAGGUUAUUAUAAUGGCAUUUAAUCAAUUGUAAGAAUUUAUUCAUAGAAAUAUAUAGUAGAUUGCGCUAGAUUAUCCAUCGUAAAAGACUAAUCAUGUGAAAGGUUAUCCACAGCAGCAGUUUUUACAUAGUUGGAGAGCAUCCAAAGUUGUAUUCUUAGAAUAUUAUGUAUUAAGAAUAUAAUCUUGUACAGUAUUGUACCGUUGUAUGCGGAUGGAACUGUUGUACCUGGAUAAUAAAAUCAACAAAGAUCUUUUCAUUUUGAUGUACCUCGGAUUUUCUCAGGGAAAGUGUGUAUGCUAAUAGAUUUUAUAUUACAUUAGCAAAAAUGACAUUAAUUUUCUUAAGAAAUACGCCCAGUACAUAUUAUAUAUGCCUAGCCUCGGGUAGAAACCCAUACUUUUCUGGGAUCUGGCAGCACUUAAGGUAUUGCGUACUUUGAUACCGAGUGUGCAAGUUCGAAUCUUUCUGAGGACCG